GACUAUCGACGACGACCGCGCAUAACAAAGAACCACCGCCCCUGACCAGCCGAAUGCAUCCUCCGAACCACGCAACCACCAUCCGCCAUGGAACGUGAGGACGACACCCGGCCCUCGAGCCGCCCCAAUCGCGACGAUGACGGCAACAACCGCCCGACCACCGCCCGCCGCUUGGAACACGACGACAAUGACUCUCGUCCUGAUGACCCUACAGAAAACACCACUCCCGCCGACGACAAGUCACACUCCAUCCCCGCCGAGAACCACUCUCCCGACGGCCGUGAUCACGAACACGGUCACACCCAUAACAGCCACCCCGACUCCGACCCAGACGCCGCCCUCAAGACCCCCUCUAAGCCCCCGGCCCAUUCCGAUCCCUCAAACGAAUCCAUGCUGCCUCCGCCACGGCCCCAGGCCUCCGCCGUCCCGGACAGCAGUUUCGUCGAGGGCGCUACCUUUGACGACUCGCGCCACGACUCCUUGGCUGAGUCUGCCGUACGCGCCCAUCUCCAAGACGUCGAAUCGAGUUUCGUCUCUCGCCUCUCUCCUAUCCCGACAAUAACCCACGAGGGCACCGACGACACCUACCUCUUCGAUGGCGCCGCCCCUGCCAGGUCCCCUGCACCGCCGCGACAUACCCCUGCGAAGAGUCCCAGUCCGAGCCCCCGGCCGACUUCUGAACCAGACCGUGACGAAAAGUCGGACGCCAAUGACCUUUCCGAGUUGCGUCCCCAAGACUCUGCCUCCGCCGAUGUCUCCGACACGACAUCCGCCCUCGAAACCAUGUCCUCCUCGCCCGCAGCCGCCGCCGCCGCCCGCACAAUCUCGAGAGCAGUGUCCAGCGCGAGCAACCGGACCGACAAGCAUUCACACGGGCCCAGUCCGGCUGACCAGACUGACGAGGAGCCACCGUUCCUUCGUGCAGAGUCCGCCGCCGACUCGGUCUCCACAACCCUGCGCAGCAAACGAUCGGACGGAAGCCUGCGUGGAGGUCUCGUCGACGCCGGCAGCACACCGGGACACGCCUUGAGCUACGGCACCCGACCCAAGUACUUGCGAAGCCGCGGCGCCAGUCAGCGCUCCUCCGUCUCCUCCUUUAUCACCAACCCCGAUACCCACGAUGAUCUUGAGAGCGAAGGCACCGCCAAUCUGGGCGCCGACUUUGCUCUUCAAUCCGGCGGCGCCGCCCCUACCUUGAGCUUGCCUCGAAGCCUCAGCAGCAUAUUGUCGCGCUCCGUGAGCAUCGGCAGCAUGGUCUCCGGCAUGGACGAUCCGGAGUCGUUGCCCAACCAGCUCGAGACACUAGACGAGGUCGACAAUGCAUUCACGCCCCGACGACUGCCGCGAAACGACGACGACCUUUUGGCUACGCCAAAGCCUUCCAAAGAGAACCUCACCGCCCCGACCGACACCGUCAUCGCCCGGCAUGUUAGAAAUGUGCAGGUGCCCGAGUCGCUGGCGAAGGAGUACAGAAACAAGAGCGGCUUCGUGACGCCCCGCAAACCCUCCGACAUGCCGCUCAGCGCUUCCACGAGGUCGGGUAAGAACCUGACACUCAAGGAGCAGAGCAGCACCAUCGAGCGUCUGUCCAAGGAGAAUUUCGACCUCAAGCUCAAGGUCAUGUUUCUUAGCGACCGUCUCGACAAGCUCUCCGAAGAGGGUGUUAGGGAAAUGAUCUCGGAGAACGUUGAGCUCAAGACGAACCUAGCCGUCAUCCAGCGCGACAACAAGGCACUGCGUAGGAGGGUCAAGGAGCUCGAGAAGCAGCUCAAGGACGACCAAGAUCGACCCGGUACCGCGAGGAGCGGCGGCUCGUCAAACGACAGCUCAUCCGACCACGACGCCCAGGAGCGCGAGGAGGAGCUGAUUUACUUGCGCGAGCGCGUCGAGGAGUACGUGACCGAGAUCGAGAGGCUUCGCAACGACAGCAUGGCUAAGGAGGCGGAGAAACGCAAGCUGAGCGAGGUCGUCAGGUCACUGGGCGAGAGGACCAGUGGCAACCUCGGUAGUCAGGAGGAGGCGGAUGUUUGGAAGGAUCUCCUCGAACAGGAAACCGCCCGCCGCGAGCAAUCCGACGAAGACAACCGCAAGCUGCGCGACGAACUAUUCCGCAUCAAGCAGGAGAUGAGCAGCGGACACGGUGGCCUGCACCAUACAACCAACAUUUACAAUAUCACCAAGAAGCCGAGACAAACAUCGCCCAGUCGUCCCGUAUCCGGCCUCUCGGGAGACGUCGAGACGAACGGUGGCUUUAGUGCCGCCAGCACGUUGGUUGAUGAGCUGCGCAGAGAGAGCGAGCAGCUGCGGCACGAGAACGCCGAGCUGAGGCGCGAGGUUGGCGCGCAGACAUCCAUGCUCACGUCGAGAAACCGCGAAAAGGAGCGGCUGUACCAGGAGAUCGAGGACCUGAAGAUGGCACAACGGCGAGGAGGUCCUGCACCGUCUACGGUGGACUCCCUCCUGGAGCGUUCGGCAUCGCGUGCUGGUGCGCAUCACAGGUCCAUGUCACGCGUAAGCGCCAGCAGAACCCAAAUGACUGAGAUUGACGAGCUGGAACGCGAAGAGCUGGAGAACAAGCUGGCCGAGACGCGUGACAAGAUCAGCGAGAUCAAAUUGCAGAAUCAAGAGCUCCAACGUGAGCUCGAAGGAUGCAUGGCAGACUUUGAGACAGCAGUUGAGGGCAAGCGACAGGCAGAGGAGAUCGCUGUCACGCUGCAGGAGGACCUCGACAACGCCAUGAACGACCUCGUGGCGCUGCAGGCCGAACGGGACGAGGCGCUCAGGGAGCAGGCUGACAUGGAGGCGGAGUUCGAGUCAUUGCGGAAAGAAGCGCAGGAGGAGAUUGACGCGCUCGAAGGCGAGGCCGACCAACGGAGCGACGAGAUACAGAGGCUCCAACUUGAGCUCAACGACCGAACCGAAAACUUUGACGCGCUGCAGGAGGAAAUGCGCAAGAUGAGCGAGGCGCUGGUCGGGUUGGAGGACGAGCAAGCCGCCAAGUUCCGCAGGAUACAGCAGCUGGAACAGGACCUCGCGGACGCUAACAAGGAAUCCGAGGAGCUUGAGACCAAGUUGCUCGAGUCAAACGACAAGGCGCAGCGGCUCAGCGUGCAACAGGAAUCCAGCCAGGGGGAGAUCGCCUUUCUCCGGGAGGAGCAGGAGAGCGACAAGAUCCGCAUCGGCGAUCUCGAAGCGGCACUCGCCAACACGGAGCAAAGCCUGCGCGAGGAGCGCGACAGGGUCAAGGAGCUGGAGCAACGCCUGGCCACGGAGCGUCGGCAGCACGAGAUGGUGUCUAACCAGGAGAAGGAGGAGGUACAGCAGUUUGUCAACGAGCUCAACCGCGAGAUGUCGGCGGCCAAGGACGAAGCCCGGAGGUUGCGUAAGAGUCUCACCUCGCGCGAAGUCGAAGCGACCGAAUGGAAAGAGCGGCUCAUGGAACUGGAGAACAAUCUUAGAGAGGCACUGGGCGAUCUUAACGGGACGCGUUCCAGCCUGCUCAAGUCGAUUGCCAAGCUCCAGCGUGAGCUCGAGAACACGGUCCGCGAGCUGGACACAACCAAGGCAUCCCUCGUUGAGAAAGACCGCCUCAUCAAGCAGCGCGACGCCCUGCUCGAGUCUCACGGGCUGGAGUCUCGCAAGCUCGCGGGAGAGCUCGAGAAGGAGAGGCAGGCGCACCGAACGACGAGGAACCAGUUCGAGACGUUCCAGAAGACGCACCUGCACGUGUCGAGGACCGUCAGCACGCAAGAUCUGCGCAUCUCGGAGCUCGAGUCAACGCGGGCCCAGGACAAGAAGAGGAUCUCGCAGCUCGAGGCGACGUUCAGAGACCAGCUCACGGAGCGCAACAACCUGCUGCUCGUGCUGUGGACGCGACUCUCGGCCCUCUGCGGCACCGACUGGGCGCACGACAACAGCCUCAUCAACGGGCGUGCGCUGCCCUCCCUCGAGGCCGUCGCCACGAUGCUGCCGGGCUUCAGCAAGAACCUGCUGGCGGCAGUCAAGACAAUUGAGACGAUGGUAGGCGGGUUCUCGUCCCGCAUCAAGGGUGUGGAGCGGGAUUUGUGGCGCGAGUACCAGAGCCUCGAGAACAACCUCGAGUCCCGGACAAAGAAGCUCGAGCGGCUUGAGACGAUUGUGCGCAACAGCAUGACGUCCGGGACGCUUGGGUCGUACGAGCAGGCAAGGAUGUCACGGUUGGAGGACGCCUACCGCCAGCUCAAGGUGGAAAACGCGACGCUGCGGACGGCGCAGGACGUCAGGAGUCGGGCGGCCUAUUCAGCCAACAACGACCCGAACGCGGCCAUGCCUGAGCCCGGCAGCGGCAGUCCGUCGCCGUCCAUCCCGACGGGACCUCGUGAGCGCGAACGAAAGCCGCGCAAGGGCGAGCGGGCGUCGACGAUGACCCGCAGCGCUUCGAGCCACACGGUGACGACGACGGGGACAGGGACGACGCCGACGCCAGGGUCCGCCAACCACAACCCUUUUGAGACGACGCUCGCAGAGAGAGACCCCACCGACAACCGGUGGAUCUUCAAGCUGCGCGACCUCGAGAACAAGCUCAAGGCAGAGCGUGAGGGCCGUUCGCAGGACCGUAACGCGGCCAGGCAGCGACUUGGCGGGCUCGAAACGGAGAAUCGCGACCUCAGGAGCGAAGUGAGCCGCAUACGCAGGGCCAACGGGCAACUAGGAGACAGCUAAUGGUAGAACGGAUCAUUCCUCCGUUUGUACCAACAUCAGAGCCGCCGGAAGUGGCGUGGACGGACCGCUUCUUUUUUCUUUUUUUGUCUUUUUUUCUGUAGUCUAUUAUUUUGCCUUUCCAAGCAUCUGUAACGGGUAGCGACGAAGGAUGGACGGCCUAUGCUGGGGAUCUGACGGAGUUUGCGGACACAGGCCGCCUUUUGGGUACGAUAGUCUAAUACUGAUGCCUCUGUCUGGGCGUUAUCUGACAGAAUGGAUGAGCUGGGCAUGCAAUGGGGUGUGGACAUCUUUUGAGUGAUAACAGAGUGAGGCCGUCAAGUGUACAUGUUAGUAAGCCG